AUGGACGUCGAUUUUGUUGAGUUUGUAUGGCGGCGGACUUCUAGCAUGUUCACGUACGUAACUCCUCCAACCCUCGACAUACGCAAACAUCACCUAAUGAUUUUAAUUUCCGCAGCUCCUGCUGGCUAUUUAGCAGACAGAAUCCAGUGCCGCCGAUGGCCAUUACUUAUCGGUCUAAUUGCCCUAGGCGCAUCGACAGCUUUCCUCUGCGUAGGAAGGCAUCUCUGCUUCUGGAUCGUGGGUCGUCUAUGCCAGGGCGCAUCCGCAGCGGUGGUCUGGACAGUCGGUCUCGCGCUUCUCGUUGACACGGUCGAAAAGGACGAGCUGGGGAAGGUUCUAGGCUUUGUCGGCACUGGAAUGACUUUAGGGAGCCUAGGUGGGCCGUUGCUCGGAGGCGCACUAUAUGAAUAUGGCGGGUAUUACUCGGUUUUCGGUCUGGCAUUCGGGUUUAUCGCCAUCGACGUGGUUUUGCGGUUAGUCAUGAUAGAACGAAAGGAUGCAGAAAAAUGGCUUAAUACUGAAGGAGAGACGCCGCCAGCUGUUGAAUCGACAACACACAGUGAGCUGGUACCCGGGACAUUUGGGAGGAUCGACUGCGGUAGGCAUCUCGACUGGAUCGAACAUGAGGUUGCUAUUGCACCGCAGAGUGAACCGAAAACUAAAGCCUCUUCUAUUCAUCAAAAACAUCCACCUGAGGAUACCACCGCCCAUGAGGUGGCGGCAGAGACAGAGACAGUUUGCGAGAAGAGGAAAUCGGCAUUGUACACACUGUGCAGCUCAUGCCGCUUCAUCAUUACACUGUGGGCUUAUUUCGUUUGGGGCCUCAUUAUUACGUCUUUUGACAGCGUUCUCCCGCUUUUUGUUGAGGAGACGUUCAACUGGCAGCAGACAGCCCAGGGUCUUAUCUUCGUCCCGUUAACCCUCCCCAGCUUCUUUGACCCGAUUAUCGGUUGCUUCACUGACCGAUUCCCCUGGACUCGGCGGUACGUUGCUUGUGCUGCAUUCGUCGGGGCAGUCCCGGCCCUCGUUUGCCUCCGAUUCGUCCGAAAUGAUUCAGUUCAUGACAAGGUCAUGCUAUGCGGACUCCUGGCAUUACUAGGAUUCUGUCUCGCUGCAAUGCUCGCCAUAAUCCUGGUCGAAGUCUCAUAUAUUGUCAAGGAGAAAGAGACAAAACGCCCUACGGUUUGGGGCAAAGGCGGGAGCAUCGCGCUGGCAUAUGGGCUUCUAAAUUCUUCAUUCUCUGCUGGGAGUUUGGUUGGGCCGUUUCUUGCAGGAUGCCUUCGCGAGAAGGCCAGUUGGGGGACUAUGGGGUGGGCUCUGGCGCUGGUGUCGGGGAUAUCGGGUGUACCUGCUUUUCUUUUCUUCGGGGGGUGCUUUCGAAAGAGGCAUGAAGUUGAGGGCAACAAUUGA